AUGGCGAACCGCACGGUGUCUGAUGCGAAAACCGUCAAAGGAACUAAUCCACAGUAUCUUAUCGAGAAAAUAGUUCGUUCACGUAUUUAUGAGAAUAAAUAUUGGAAGGAGCAAUGUUUUGCGCUUUCAGGUAAGUCUUCUUGUCUCUAACAUGAACAGAUUUGACCCAGAUAUUAAUCUCUGAUAUCCAAAUUUGUUAGAGUUUGUAGCAGUGUAAACUUCAUUUAUUUGAAUCCAUAUCCAUGCAAGUUUACCAGAAUGGUCAAUAUCUAUGUAUAGAAAGGUACCGUGAUAAUAUAUAGGAGCACUACAGUGUUGAAAUUCUUCCUAAAAUCGGAUAGAAAAUUGGCUAAUAUGAGAUGAGAAAUUGGACAAUCGAUCCCUGAAUGCUAGUGGACUUACAUGUAUGUUUUAAAAGACUGAAACCAUCCAUCAUUUGGUCAUGCUUUGUUUUCUAAUUCUGUAUCAAGCCCACGUUCGAGAAAAGCAAAGACAGGUCAGGACUUUAAUGAGACAUUGAUCCAAGCUGAAUCUAUUAAUCUAACAGAAUUUUAUCGCACAGUUUGAAUACUUUACCAUGAGAUAUCGAUGUUUUCCAUUGUAAAUUUUCUUGUUAUCAGCCUUUUUGUGCAGAAAUGUUUUAGAGGAGUAAAUUUUUAAUAAUGAAUCACAGAGAUGACAGCAAUGAGGAUAAACUCUUGGAUCACAAAAAACGCUUACUUUAGUACUUAGCCACUUACCCCAAAUCUUAUUGAAAGCACUUUGCUAAACAAAUCCAACUCUUUGCAACAUUGAAAAAGAAAGUAUAAAAUCGUAUUAUGAUCAAUGUUUUUCUAUUUGGGGUUGUCACUCUGACCAUUUAAGGUCCUGAAUGUCUGGUUAAAACCCACAUGUACCUCAGGCCUUUGAAAUUGAAGUUGAGAACUUGGUGAAACAGUUGGAAUAUUCUAAUCUCCAGUCCCUAAUGAACUCAGUGGUUACUUUCCCUUCUUUUCAUCAGCUGAAUUGUUGGUGGACAAGGCUAUGGAGUUGGAUCAUGUUGGUGGUACAUUUGGUGGGAAUAUUAAACCAACGCCAUUUCUGUGUUUGGUGUUAAAAAUGCUACAAAUUCAGCCAGAAAAGGAAAUUGUUGUGGAGUUUAUCAAAAAUGAAGAUUACAAGUAAGUCAGAAUUCAAGAUGAAUUGAUGACAAAGGCCUUAACCACAAGUUACCUUUUCAAAGUAUCUGUUCUCAUCUCAACUAAAACUAAAGUAAAUAUUCUUGUCCACAGUAGUGUUUUUGGUUCUGUCUUCACCAGUGUAAAAGUUCAUUUGGAUAUUUUGUGAUGCAAUUUUUGCCCAUCAUCUGCACUAAGGCCUCAUGUUUGAUUUAAGGGGGUCAGUUUCUUAAGAAACUGGUUUUGUGUGUGUUUUAAAAGAAAAUAUAGUUUGAUCAGAUAAGUCAAUGAUAUGAGUUGGCCCCUAUAGGUAGUUUUUAACUUUUUAACUCCCAUAAGUGACCAUGACAGAAUUUCUCCCUACAGUGUCGAUACAAUAUCAAGCAGAAGAGUGAUGAGAAUAAAGAAAAAUAUUAAUUAGGGGAUUAUAAGUUGAUCCAAUACCAAAUGCUUCAGAUUAACAUCACAAGAACUAAAUGGCAGACAGUAAGGAGAAUUACUAAAGAGAUCUUGGGAGUUAAAGGGUUAAAGCAGUUGUUUUGAUCAUCAGUCCUUAGUCAUUUGCACUUACUGACAAAGGGCUAACACUGGAGAUGUCAGCUUUAGAAACUUUUUAUUGUGGCCAAUGAAUGUUUUCAACUCAGUUUAUAAAACUAAAUUAUCUUAUUUUUAAUUGUCACUUUUGGUGGGUGUGGAGUGCUUGAUUGGUGAAAAAACAUGACGAAUUAUACAUUUUACAAAUUUAUGAAAAUGGGAAUUAGCAUGGAUGAGACCCAAGAAGUAACAACCCUUAGUGAAUUUUGUAAAGGCAUUUAAAAAAAAAAAAAAAAAAUUAGUAAGUUAUUGUUUUAAAAUUUUUAUUUUGGAGGCAUUCAAGUUAUAUUUAUACCAACAACAUCUAGGUAUGUACGAGCACUAGGGGCCAUAUACAUGAGACUUGUAGGGACGUCACUUGAUUGCUACAAUUACCUGGAACCUUUGUACAAUGACUACAGAAAGAUCAGAAGGAAAAAUAAGAUGGGCAGUAAGUUUUCUGGCUUGUUGCUUUCAUUGGUUUUGUAUUUGAAUAAGUUUUUUUUUUAUAGAAAUACUAAUAAAUACUUUUCUCAAGACUGGUAUGUACAUGUACUUAAACAAACCUGUCAAUGCAUUGCACCAUAAAAUUUUAGGUAUACUUGUCCAUGUGCUAACCAUUUAAUAUUUUUAUGAGCUGAAAAUGAAGGAUAUUAACCUUUUAACCCCCUGUGAGUGACCAAAAAGGAAUUCCCCCUUACAAUAUCAAUACAAUGUAGGGUGACCAGUGAUGAAAAAUAGCAAUUAGGGGAUCAUUAGUUGAUCCAAUACCAAAGUCUCCAAACUAACAUGAUAAGAAUUGUGUGGCAGACAGUAAGGAGAAUUGCUAAUGAAAUCUUGGGUGAGGAGGUGAAAGAGAGGCCAUUUGUUGUAAAGACAAUUGGCAACGAUCCAGGAUUAAAAAGGGACGUUUGUUUGAAUUUUUCUAACAUUAUGUGGAAUGAUAUUCUCUUUGUGCAGAAAUGGAGCUUUCCCACAUGGAUGAGUUCAUUGAUGAAUUACUCAGAGAGGACAGGGCAUGUGAUGUUAUUCUGCCUCGCAUUCAGGUGAGAUCAUUUUCUUGUGAAGAAAUAUGAAUAUACAGCCAUGUAAAUUAUAUCUGACAAAUAGAUGACAGAAAUUUAUUUAAUGAUUGACAUCUCAUUGUUAACUCAAAUGUGUAUGCUGGAAUCUUGAGCAUUUUUUAAGGAAAUAAUUGAACAGCUUAAGGCAAAAGAGUCAUUUGUUUUUUUCUUGUAAUUUAAAAAACAUUCCAAAUUUACUGAAUAUUGUUACGACCUCUUGUUUCAAUGAACAAACAUGGUUCUGAACUUUAUUUUGCUAGGCUUGCAUUCUUUUUUGUCAGGGACAGAAAUCUCUGCUCUCUAAGUGACUGUCUUUGAUUCAUAAGAAACAAAAAAUGUUUCUCAUGUUUAUGAAACUAAAGACAGUUUACAAUUGGCAAACAAAGGUUUUCACAUUGUUUGCCAACUUAAACUAAGCAUUGUGCUAAAAUUCAGUAACUUUGGAGCUUUGUUAAAAGUGACUUUAAAAAAAAUGAGGGGAUGUUUCUUCUCAAGGCCUUUUAUUUUAGUGUCAGUUUUAGCUUGAUUUUUUCCUUUGUUUUAUAGGCAGUUAAGUUAUAAUAAUUUUAUGAUUUUGAUCCAUUUUCAGAAACGCCAAGUGUUAGAAAACACCAAUCAACUUGAACCAAGGGUAAGAAAACACAACAGUCCAUUAUACAUUGCUGAUAAACAAAAAUUUUGUUUAGGAAGAAUUUAGUUCCCAUUUUGAAUCAGACAUUCAGCAAUUUAGUGAAAAUAAUUUUAUCAUAUCAAAAAGUCCUCUCGUUAGUGGUUUGAUAUUUGGGUUUUGCUUUUAAAUUUACAGCGCAGCCUUCUUGAUGAUGAUUUGGAAGAUGUUGAAUCAGAGUCAGAUGAGGAAGAAGAAAGACAGGUAUGUUUGGCCGUGCAUUUUUACUGAUGCAAUAAGCCACUGCUUUAUGCCACAUUAUUCUGUUGUUUUACUUAUUUCUUUCUCCACUAUGCUUAUCUAUAAGAAUUCUUUGACCACAUAAACUGUAUGCCCAAAAAUGAAUAUACCCUUUGUAUAGGACAUGGCCAUAUUUUUCUCAGAGGUGCAGGGCUGUCCCCCAGCUCAUUUCCAGUUUCUUUCCGUCCAUCAAGAUGGCGGUCAGUUCAAAUUCCCGACCCUGAGGUAGAAAUUCCUUAAAUGUCAAAAUCUCUACUUACGAGGGUUCCUCUCAGUCAUUUUCGGAGGACAGCCCGCCCCGUCCCCUAACCUGGGGCCAACCAUUGGUAGAUAAUAAGCGGCUUCUAUAACCUUACAGUGCUUUUACAACUUUGCUUUACCUUGGGAGCUCAACUCUUAUUCUUUAAUUAGUCUCCGCGUCGCCGAAGCAGAAGUCGGAGUCAUUCGCCAAGGCGUUCGCAUCGCGAUCACGACAGGAACCGAAAACGCAGCCGAUCACCCGCACAUCACAGGUACGUGUUGCAAACAUUGAUAAUUAUCUUUGGCCAAUCUUGGAGAACAAAGAACCUUUGUUAUAGAAGAUACUUUGACAGGUUUCAAACGGAUUUUUGCGACGACGAAAAUUUCCUUUUUAUUUAGGGGAAAACCUCAAUACACUAUUUUCCUAAGAUAGACAAACAUAAGAACAGUCAGAAUGAAACAAAUAGGAAGAAAGGUUACUAUGAUUGUGUCUUUGUCUUUCUUUCAGACGAAGUCGAUCCAGAUCCCCUCGCCGUCGGCGCCGGAGGUAAGCUAUUUACAAUUUGAAUGUUACUGCGGACUGAAAUUUCUAUUUCGAAUUAUAUCCGUCCCUGCUAUUGCUGUUGUCAUUUUACUGCGAGAGUCAAAUACUAAGCCUUUCGUGGACUUCUUUAGAAAAUUUGAUCUUAGACUAAAGUAACUCACAUUCAGCAGCAGUCUUUCACUAAGCGAAUCGGCGUUGAACAUUAGUUGUGCGUGAGUGUAUUUUGAUCUGUGGGUUUUUUAAGUUGUGGAGAAAGUCAGUUAAGAGUUUUUGUCUUCUCUUUUUGUCCCCAGUGCUUCACCUCAUAGAAGACGUGGACACAGAAGUCGUAGUCGAUCACCUCAUCGUCGCCAUUCAAGGUCACGCUCUCGCUCACGAUCGCCACAUCGUCGGCGUCACCGAUCCAAGUCUCGAUCAAAAUCACCGGAGAAGUCGUCAUCCAAGAAGUCAAAGAAAUCAGAGAAAUCUGACAAAUCGGACAAGAAAAAGGAUAAAGAUAAUGAGGGAGCAGGGAUGAGCAAAGAAGAGUUAGAAAUCAAAGAAGCAAACGAACUCAGAGCCAAGCUUGGACUCAAACCGCUCAAGCCUUGAAAGACUUUUAUUUGUGUACAUGUUAAAUUUAUCCACCAAAGGCUCCCUCGUCACAACGCCUAAGUACCCUGUAGACUCUAGGCCUUUGUGACCUCGUUUUCAUGCUAUUGUCACCAGGCCUCGCGCUACGUGCGCCAUUAUGAAAGUCGUGCAUGUCUGAUUUUCCUUUGCAUCUUUAUCUUGAUCGGUAGGAUUUUGUGCUUGUCUGAAUAUUUAGGUCUCCUCCGCGGCAAACUGAUCGUCAGGUGGCCAACUAAAAAGAUGACUGAUGAGAGGACUUUUCAACUAGAUUUAAAUGUAUAAUCACGGGAGAGAUGACAUUUAUUUUCCAAUCAGUUUCACCUAUAGAAAUAUUUGAUUUACACCAAGCAUGAGAAGUUGUCAGUGCCUGAUUCAAACGUAGACUUAGUCACAUGUUAUAAGUUUAAACGAUCCGGAAGCUUUUGAGAGAAGCGCCUGAUGGAAAGCGCCCCUUGAUGCGAUUCUACGCUGGACGUUGAACCUUUAGAAUUC